ACCCACUGGAAGCUGGAGGCUGCAUGGGAAGCCGGAGCAUCCCUGUUUAGUCACCCACCGACCCAGCGUCACUGAACAAAAAGAAGCGUCGCCAAAAGCCUCAUGUUGACCAUUUGAGCAGACAUGGGAUGCAGGCGGGGAGGGAUCGGUCAUCCAUCACUGAGUUAGCGGACUGGGGCUUUUUUAAAAAUUCAACACUACAUCCAACACCAUGGCUAAGCAGUACGAUGUGCUCUUCCGACUCCUGCUCCUCGGAGAUUCUGGGGUUGGGAAAACAUGUUUGUUAUGCAGAUUCACGGACAACGAAUUUCACCCGUCUCACAUCUCCACCAUCGGAGUCGACUUCAAAAUGAAGACGCUAGUAAUAGAUGGUAUCAAAGUACGGAUACAGAUAUGGGACACUGCAGGCCAAGAAAGAUACCAGACCAUCACUAAGCAGUACUACAGACGAGCACAGGGAAUCUUCCUGGUGUACGAUAUCACAAGUGAGCGAUCCUUCCAGCACAUCAUGAAGUGGGCCAGUGAUGUGGAUGAGUACGCUCCCGAGAAGGUCCGGAAGAUCCUUGUAGGGAACAAGUCAGAUGAGGUGGACAAGAGGCAGGUGGCCACCGAGCAAGGUAUCAAGCUGGCCAAGGCUUACGGAAUGGACUUCUUUGAGACAAGUGCCUUCACCCACCAAAAUAUAACAGAGACUUUCACACGAUUGGCUGAACAGGUGCUGGCAGCCAAUAAAAAGGACCUGGAUCUUCUCCGGAUGUCCUCUAAUGACGAGAUUAAUCUUGCUGCUCUGGAGGAAGAGGAAGGACUCUGUGACAGUGUGGCGGGCGAUCAAGGCAAAGGCUGCUGGUGUUAAAGACACAAUUCAAAUCGGAUAGUCUGUUAUCACCAGACACUUUGCACACUCUAGGCAAAAUGGGUUUAUUUUUGUCGUUAGUUGAAACAAAGAGGAACACUGAGCUGCAAUUUUUGCCUACAUGUUCCUCCGUGUCACGUGCCAAAAAUGCUAACGAGCCAUUUGAGAGCAGUUUCAAGGACAAAGGUGGAAACAUUUUGCCUCAGAGUGCCAAGUGUGUGGUGGAUUAACCAACUGAAGGUCCAAAUGUCAAGGUUUCCCUCAGUGGGACAGAAUGUUCAUUGUCUAAAAGCACUAAUUCCUGCUCAGUUCAGUGUGUCCUGGAUGGAACCAAAUACAAAUCCAUGUCCUCUACCAAUUCUGCAAUUGACAUAGAGUUGAAAGGACUUAACUCAAAGAUGAGAUUGUAUCAUCGUUUCUUACAGAAUUUGUACAGCGUUCAGAUAUAUACAAUUUGGGAAUGACUUGGAAUCGUCCACCACUGACUUGAAACUUUUCACAACGUUGUAUUUCACAUUGUUUUCCGAGCGCUGUCGCUUAUAUUCAUCACAGGGCCGGUUGCCUUGCAAAUCAACAACGUGAUUGAUUCCAUUUGGCCUUCAUCCGCCCCUUCGGUGUUUUCCUUUUAUGUGGGGAAUCGGCACCCCUGCACACACAGCCUUUCUACUGUUGAAUGCAUUAGAUGUAGUGUGAGCAUUUGACCACAAGAGGGUGCUACGUGCAUUGUGAAAACAAUACACACACUGGAGCGUUGUCCUGUGUUAAAUUAUGCUAUUUUGCCUUAUUUUUUCCUUAUGUGUUUGUUUUUGGUUGUAAUUGCACUUGCAAUGACCACCUUUUAAUGCGAUGAAAGGAUUCUAAACAUAUGCAGCAAUUUUAUUAUUUCCUUUUAUUGCUUUUAUGCAAAUAUUGGCUCAGUAAAUACGUUUUGCCGCUGCAAUAUCAUCCAUGGAAGACCACACAUACACUCUGACAAUGACGCCUGUACCAGUCGUUGACUGAGGGAAACAUUGAGAGCAAAAUUAUUCAAUUUCCCUGUAGCAAAACUGAAGAUGUUUUUCAUUUUAUAGUCUUUGUUUAUUCCAGAAAAUAUCAUAUAGCACGGAGAGUUUGAUAACAGCUCCUUGUCUUGCUCCAUUGUACAUAGCAGGUUUUUCAAAGCAUUGUAGAUUGGUAGAAUCAUGAGGGUACGACAUUAAUUUAUUGUAUUAUUAGAGGGCUGUAUAAAAAAGUCCACAGUGAUAUUCUGGUCCGAAAUAUUCCCUCUGUGAAGAUAAUAAUGUUUUGGUCAUUCUGUAGUUUUCUCGCUGUUUUGUACAGAGUCCAGUAGAGAUGCCAGUUACCCCCCACACUUCAAAACGGGACAAGCGAGGGUUUUGCAUGCGAUCCACUCUUCUUUCCUUUCUUUUAUUGCAACUUCAAUGAAGUUAAUCGACAACUGACCAUACAAGCAUUUGACCAGAGUUGCCUGUUUGAGACUUAAACAGAAUCACCACCACUGGAAGACAUUUGGCUACAUUUUGUUUUUUUUUGCAACUUAGUAAUACUAAAUGCUACUCAAAACAGUUGUUAAUCUGUGCACAGUGUGAAAUGGCAGUAUGUUGUACUGAACGAUGUUCUGGACUAAGCUCUAGAUACACAAUGUAUCUGUGUUGUUUUCGAGAACUACUUUUCUUUCUUUUAGACUACUUCAACUUGUAUUUGUGGAAAUAUAUUACAUGCAACAUGUGAAAUGCAACAUGUUAUUCUCGGAGGAAAGAUGUCAGAUGUUUAUGAGUAAAUACUUGCAGAGAUAA